AUGUUCAAACCAGCUUUCAUCCUUGUUGUUUUAGCCCUAGUCCACGCUGGGCUAGCUGUCCCGUUGCCCCACAACAGCGACGGAAGCUACAGCGCCCCGGGCGUACCAACAGUCCCGGCUCCUCCGACCACCCCCGCCCCUACUACCCCUCCUCCAUCGGCUGUGAGCGCUGACCAAAAGCCUGCUCCUGAAACCCCCCCACCUGCAUCAACCACCUCUCCGACCGGCUCCGCUGUCAGCCCCACCGACAAACCCGCACCAGUUGUCAAGCCCAGCAAGGACAACUACAGCAGCGGCACCAACGCAGUCCCUCAACCCAACGCAACGGCUGUGAGCCCCACCAACAAGCCUGCGCCAGUUGUCACCCCCAGCAAGGACAGCUACAGCGGCGGCUCCCCCACCGCAACGGUUGUCAGCCCCACCGACAAGCCCGCACCAGCAUUACCUCCCGUCCCGGCAACCACCGGCAACGGCGGCUCUAGCCCCCCACCAUCUGCGGUGUCACCCACUAGUGAUGUUGGCGGUUCCCCACCAGUCGGAGGUGUCCCACCAGUCGGAGGCGUACCACCAGUCGGAGGCGUACCACCAGUCGGAGGCGUACCACCAGUCGGAGGCGUACCACCAGUCGGAGGCGUACCACCGGUCGGAGGCGUACCACCGGUCGGAGGCGUACCACCGGUCGGAGGCGUACCACCGGUCGGAGGCGUACCACCGGUCGGAGGCGUACCACCGGUCGGAGGCGUACCACCGGUCGGAGGCGUACCACCGGUCGGAGGUGUUCCACCGGUUGGCGGUGUCACAGGUAUCGGAGGUGGUGGCCCUAUCGGAGGCGGUGUCCCACCAAUCGGAGGUGUCCCUGGUAUCGGAGGUGGUGUACCAAUCGGAGGCGGUGUACCAUUCGGAGGCGCCCCGCCGUUCGUUGGCGGUGGCGGAAUGGUUCCCGGUGGGAUCGGUGGGCCCGGGUUCGGCCCGGGCAUGGUCGGAGGACCAGCAGUCUUACCCGGUGGUGGUUUCCCAGUCGGUGGUGUCCCAGUCGGUGGAUUCGGCGGCGGUGUCCCGGUCGGCGGUUUCGGGGGCGCUGUCCCGGUCGGCGGGUUCGGUGGUUCGAUUGGUGGCGCUGGUGUGAUCGGCGGUAGCAUGAUGGGUGGUGGUAUGGUCGGCGGCAACGGUGGUUCAAUUGGUGGCGCUGGUGUGAUCGGCGGUAGCAUGAUGGGUGGUGUGGCCGGCGGCAACAUGGUCGCCGGUGGUUUCUCCGGUGGAAACAUGGUCGGUGGAGGUUUCGGCGGCGUCGGCAUGGGUGGCAUGGGCGGAGUCGGGAUGGGCGGCGGAGCCAUGUCGGCUUCCCACCAGCGAUUCGACUCCAGCAGCAGCUCAUCAAGUGGUGGAAUGUCAUCGACACCCUUCGGGACCUCAGGUUUCCAGCAGAGCGCCUCGAACGACGUCCACUCUCAAAGCGACUCGGUCAACUCCGCAUUCUUCCAUUAA